AUGGUUACAUCAUUGGAUUUUGGAUUUGUGAGUCUACCCAAGUCUCAGCUCCCGCCAGAGAAACACAUCUUCAUGGCCUUCCUUCAUUUCCCAAGGUUAUCCUCUUCCCUUUCCACACUCUCCUCUCCAUCAUUCUCUCGUCGCGCUUCACGCACCUUCAACACCCUCCUACACCCACCACCAAAUUCCACACCCACAACUUCACAACCAAACCAAGUAUCCACAGUAACCCCUAAUCCUGAAACCCUAUCUCUUGAAAAACUCUUCGUUCCUCCAAACACCCAUGUCACUCACGAAAACGCAAGAAUCUUGAACGGUUCUAAUAUACUACUCAGCAAUUACGCCACCGGUGCGAAAAUUAUACAAGCUGAUUUUGUUAAAAGCAGCCCUGGAACUGAAGAUUGUCCUUCCGAUGGUCUUCCCGAGUUUGCGCUUGUUGGGAGGUCCAAUGUCGGGAAAUCGUCGCUUCUUAAUUCUAUUGUGCGACGCAAAAAUCUUGCUUUGACUUCGAAGAAACCUGGGAAGACGCAAUUGAUUAACCAUUUUCGUGUGAAUGAUAGUUGGUACUUGGUUGAUUUGCCUGGUUAUGGGUAUGCAUCUGCGCCUCAUGAACUUAGAAUGGAUUGGGCGGAAUUCACCAAAGACUUUUUACUGAACCGGUCAACAUUAGUUUCGGUUUUCCUUCUAAUAGAUGCUAGCAUUCCUGCUAAAAAAAUUGAUCUUGAGUAUGCCAGAUGGUUGGGUGAGAAUCAGGUUCCAAUGACAUUAAUCUUCACCAAAUGCGACAAACGGAAGAAGACAAAGAAUGGAGGCAAAAGACCUGAAGAUAAUGUCAAUGACUUUCAGGAGUUGAUUCGCAGCUCCUUCGAAACUGUGCCUCCAUGGAUCAUGACCAGUAGUGUAACCCAUCAGGGCCGUGAUGAGAUUCUCCUCCAUAUGGCCCAACUCCGGAACUACUGGCUCAAGCACUAG